AUGGAGAUGAUAGUAUUAAGGAAUUCUGCGUUGAUCGGAAACAAGGAAGUUACCACCAUUCGGUCCGACGAUGGUAGCGACACGUUUUAUUUUGCGGCGAGUGAAUUGGCGGCUGCUCUCGGUUACAUCAGAACACAGAACGCAGUUACUAGGCAUACUAAAGAAUGGAUGCGAACCACACUCGAAAAUAUUAAGGGGUCCCUGUUUCGGGGACCCCUUAGCGUACCCGGUGGUGAGCAACCUAACACAGUGUUUGUUACCGAACCCGGUUUAUAUAGUCUUGUGUCCCGUUCGAAAUUACGUGCUGCCGAGAAUUUUCAGCGGUGGGUAUUCGAAGAUGUCCUUCCGUCUAUCCGGAAAACGGGAACGUACACGUUACCAGGUGUUUUAAACAAAGUAAAAAAUAUCAAGGCAGUGAAUUGCAACAGCUUGGUGGUGAUAUCGAACAGGCAGAAGUACGUCGUGAAUUAGUUUAUAAAAGUGAUAUUGUAAAAGAUCCGGAAGCAGUUUUACGUGGGAAAAAAGGUGGGUUGGUUGCACAGGAAAAGAUCAGGCAGAUUAAGAAAGAUCUGGAGAAAAAAGAAUUUCAGGUAUGCGAUCAGGAAAAAGAGAUUACAGAACUUAAGGAUAAGGUAUUAUACCUGCUGGUUGAGAUAGAUGAACUCGAAGAUGAACUGGAUGAACGGGAUAAAGAGAUACGCAGACUCGAAGACGAAAAACUUGUGAAACAAGAACAAUAG